AUGGCGCUCAAGGGCACAACCAAGAUCCCCGCGGAGUGCUCCUCAUCGUCGUCGCUGUUCGCGAAACAGCAACCUCCGCCGUCGUCGCUGACGGACCUGGAGGUGACCGUGCUGUCCGCGGAGGAGGUCGUCCUCGGGGGCACCGUGCGGCGCAAGCCGCUCGACCGGGGCGCGUACGCCGUGGUGCACACGGACACGGCGGCGGCGCGCACCCGCGCCAACGACGAGGACGGCCACUGCAACGGGUACCCCUACUGGGGCGAGGCGUUGCGCGUGACGGUCUCCGAUCGGGCGACAGCGAUCGACGUGGAGAUCUACCGCCGGAAGAGCGACGGCCGCGCCGAGUCCGUGGCGGCUACGCGCGUGCCCGUCGCCGACUUCAGCGUCGGCCCGCCGGGCCACCUGCAUUGCCUCAGCUACCGGCUCUACGACAGCGGGUCGAGGAUGGGGACCCGCAACGGCAUCAUCAACAUCAGAGUCAAGAGGCUCAGCGGUGCGGCGCCAACGAAAGAGCUGGGGAAAGCCGGCAAGACCGUGGAUGAGGCGGCGAGUGGGAGUGAUGGUUCCUGCUGUGGUGGUGUCGCCAAGGAGGGGAAGGUGCCUUCGGCGGCAGUGGCAGGGGUGGCGGCGGCACCCGCCGGCGUGGUGAUGGGGUUCCCCGUCGGGUUCAAUGCUGAUGGGCAGCCCAAUGGCAAGGGAUCAGCUUAG